UCAAGAAGACACUUUAGUGCAAUUUUACAUUUAUCCUCGACCUUCUUGGACAGAAUAUGUCUAGACCUACUCUUCAGUUGAAAAAACUGGAAGGAAAAGUAGCCAUAAUCACCGGCCGCGCUAGCGGCAUAGGGGAGGCAACAGCACGACUUUUUUCCACUCACGGAGCACGGGUGGUAAUCGCCGAUAUCCAGGACGAAAAGGGCCAAAAGGUGGCGGAGUCCAUUGGCUCCAACACUUGCAGUUACGUCCACUGCGAUGUUGCUGAUGAACAGAAAGUCCUAGCCAUGGUCGAAUGGACUCUAAAGACUCAUGGCCAGCUCGACAUCAUGUUCGCCAACGCAGGCAUAGUAAGCCAGUCAGAUCAGACAGUUCUGGAUCUCGACUUCUCCCAACUUCACCAUCUCUUCGCCAUAAAUGUGGACGGCGUGGCUGCCUGCGUGAAACAUGCAGCUCGCGCGAUGGUCUCUCAGGGCAUCAAAGGUAGCAUAGUCUGCACGGCUAGUACAUUUGGAAGUAGUGGAGGACAAAUUCGAACAGAUUAUCACAUGUCCAAGCAUGCGGUGUUGGGGCUGAUGAGAUGCACCGGCAAGCAACUCGGAGAGCAUGGAAUACGGGUAAACUCAGUGUCGCCGAGCGCGGCGGUAACACCUAUGGUUUGUAAUCAAUUUAAGAUCACGGCAGAGGAAGCUGAAGAGGUUUGUCAACUUUCAAGCUUGAAAGGGAAGGCGUUAAAAGCCAAUAAUGUGGCGGAUGCUGUUUUAUUCCUUGCCUCCGAUGAUUCUUCAUGUAUCACUGGCCAGGACCUACUCGUCGAUGGUGGCUCAAGAUGAUGAUGGAUAGUCAUCUCUCACAGGAACAAUUUAAGUCCUCCUGUAAUCCGAACGUACUUGCCAUGCAGAUAGAUAGUAAUAGAUAGAUAGGUAGAUUUGAACUUCAGUAGGCCUAGCUUGGCCGACGGAAACUCCGGGACUGCUGUCGAGCUUCAGCCGCAUUACGCCCUUCUCCUUGAAGCUUGACCAUGGUAUAUGCCCCCGCUCCCGCCAGGGCCCCGAGUGUAGGAGCCACCAAGUAUACCCAAACUGACGUGUAGUUUCCAGCAGCGACGGCUGGUCCCAGAGUUCGGACAGGAUUCAUUGAACCGCCGCUGGCUGGCCUGCCGACAGCCACGGCAAUGUUGUCAGUGCUUGUUUUGUAAGUAUGUUAGUAGGAUUCCAGUAGCAUAACAAUGUAAUUCUGAGUUAAUAGACAUACAUAAAAUUCUU